AUGUGCUCAGACCUCGAGUGUUCCUAUCUGCUGAGCUGCAACGCUUGCCAGCGCAACAAGUCACCUACCACCAAGCCUGUUGGACCUCUCCACCCUCACUCUGUCCCCGACACUUGUGGCAACUCCGUCACCAUUGACUUCAAUGGGCCCCUUUCACCGUUUGGCCCGGAGAACUAUGACUUCCUGAUGACUAUGACCAACCGCGCCAGUUGCAACAUCCACGCCGUCCCCUACCACAAGACCCUCACCACCAAAGGUGCCGUGCACCUCUUCUUCCAGGACUGGUACUGCGAGAACGGCCUUCCGCUCAAAAUCAUCUCUGACCACGACACCCGCUUUGACAACCAGCUGUGGUGCACAUUCCACAAGCUUACCGGCAUCACACUCGUCAUGUCCUCGUCCUUCCACACCCAGACCAACGGUGCGUCUGAGCAAAUGAACAAGACACUUAUCCCAGCCGUACGCCACCACGUCGACCACCUCCAAGACGGCUGGGCCGACGCGCUACCUGCCGUUCGCUUUGCCAUCUGA